GUGAUGACAGCUGCUGGCACCCCUUCAUGGAUUAACGAUAUACUUUCUCAGCUUUUUAUCCGCGACGCUAAACAAUCUCGUGGCUAUAGAAGCAUUGUUGACUACUACACCGGUGUUCGAGACCGGGUCUUUCGACUUGAUGCUGUUAAUGCUCGGCUCGAACGGGAAAACAAAAGGCUCUCUGCUAAGGUUGAAGCUGGGAGGAUUGUAGCCAACCUUCCCAACCCCUCAGAGUUGGAAUCGAAGGUGUUGAAUCUUCAAGAAGAGGUCAUCAAUCUCCAUCGCCAAAUUGAUAAGUUGCAAUGCGAAGCCAAGGAAAAGCAGAACAAAAUCGAGGAACAAACAAACAGAAUUAAAGAGUUAAAUAAUCUUCUUGCAGAAUCGAACAAAAUAAACCGAACCUGUAUGGAAACAAUUGAACAUCUUAAGUCUGCCAAUAGUACUCUCCUGGAUGAGCAGACCGCUAAUGCUCUAACAGUGGAACGCCUCGAGUAUGAUAAAAGAGAAUUAGUGGAGGAGCGAACGCAAUAUUUGGCACAAAUCACUUUCCUUCAAAAACAGAUUGAGGAUCUCAAAAAUACUGAAUCAGAUAUGAGACUUCAACUUCAGCGUGAAUUGAUACACAGAGGCCUUCUAGACGCUGCCUGCAUGCCCCUUAGUGUGGAAGAAUCACCGUCCGAUCAAAAGUGCCGUACUUUGUCUUCUCUACCUGACGUAAUCGCCUUCUCUAUUACUACGGCUGAUGAUGUGAAUUGCGUUAGAAUCAGUCCCUCGGGCGAUCUUUUUUCUUAUGGUGGGCUAGACAGAAAGGUUUGGCUGUGCAAUAUCAAAGGUGGUGGGUAA